UCUAAGAGAUUCUUCAAGUGAUAUUAGAAUGAUUUAUGAUUAUUAUCACUUUAAUCAAUCUAAUUUGAGAAAAGAUGAGAAAUUCUCUUCUAAUGUUGAUAAAUAUGGUUUUGUAACAUCAGAAGGAAAAAAAAUAAAGGUUAUUCCGACUCAAGAAAAAAAACGUGAUAAAAAAGAUGCAAAACGUUCUCUAAAAUGGGCUCAUUGGGUUUCUAAUAAUAAAUUAGUGGUCCGUUCUGGAAAUUUUGGUAUUUCUUCUUAUAAAUUUCCUUGGGAUUCUAAAUUUUUUAAAAGGAUAAGUAAAGGAAUUCCUGAUUCUUGGAGAAGUCCUGUAUGGUAUUAUUUAGCUACUAAUGGAAGUACCGAUACUGAAUUUGAUGAAGAUUUAGUUAAAACUUAUAAAGAUCUUUUGAAAUUACCUUCAGCGCACGAAAGGCAAAUUGAUUUGGAUAUACCAAGAACAUUACAUUCACAUAUAAUGUUUCGUACAAGAUAUGGUCCAGGACAAAGAGCUUUAUUUGAUGUCUUAAGAGCUUUUUCUAAUUAUGAUGAACAAGUUGGUUAUUGUCAAGGAAUGACUAAUAUAGCUACCAUAUUAUUAAUGUAUUAUACUGAAGAGUAUGCAUUUAUAAUGUUGACUAAAAUGUUUACAAAGUGUAAUUUACAUGAUUUAUAUAUACCUGGGUUUCCUGCUUUAAUGGAAAGUUUUUAUGUUCAAGAAAAAUUAAUGAAUAAGUACGCUUAUAAAAUAUUCGUUCAUUUUAAAAAUUUACAAAUAUCAAGUACAGCCUAUGCUACAAGAUGGUAUAUUACUUUAUUUACAAGUGAUGUCGUACCUCAUCAUACUUUAUUAAGAAUAUGGGAUUUAUUAAUGUUAUAUGGUUUUGAUAUAUUAUAUUUUGUUGCUGUUGCCCUUUUAAAAUAUAAUGAAGCAAUAUUACUUUCAUCUGAUUUUGAUCGCGCUUUAACAAUGUUAUCCUCAUCUAUUAAAGUUACUGAUGAUGAUAAAUUAACAAAAAAAAUUAGAAAAAUGUAUAAUAAGAAAGGAACACAGAAAUUAAUCGUUAAUCUUAAAGAAGAAUAUAGAAAUCAAUCUCAUUUAUCAAUUUAAAUACAUAUACAUAUCAUCAUUUAUCAUCAUUAUCA